GGAAGGCAAGAUGGGGGGAGGCUCGGGGCGGGGAAAGGCGCGGCCUCCGCCCCACACUCGGAAAUCCUUCUGUGAGGGCGCCGCCCCCUCCGCUCCCCGGGUUUGCCGCGUUUCUUCCAGUCCCCACUCUUUCGCUGGAGUCACGAGCUACCGAGAGGCCCCCCAGUCUGGUCCUGGGCAAGCACGAGUUGGGGAGGGCACGGUCCCGGAGAGCGUGGGAUCCCUGUCAGGGCACGGGCUGUCCUCCAGACUUUCAUCUCUCGGCUUUCUGGCUUUCUGCUGGGGCAGCUCGCACGUGCUGCGCUUCCGCUGUUCACCGAGAGUCACAACGUACAUUCUCUCAUUCAGUUCUGACAGCGCACUUCCGUGUAGUAGGCAGGUUUUCCGGAGGAGUAAACUGAGACUCAGAUCAUGGAACUUGCCCAAACCCAAGCUCGUCGGACUCCAACGGGCUUUUCAUUCGAGAGUAGGCUAAUUUACCCUUAGCUUCUCCUGUGCAUGCAAGCGCCGGGCCCCUCCGGGGUCCCCCUCCUUAACGGCCUGCUUGCACACUAGGUCCCCAAUAGCGUGUUAGGCUCCUCUAAUUAACUAGGCUGAAACACCCAUCACCAGAGUCCUGAUAGAAUAAGCAGGUAGUCUGAGGGUUUUACAGGUGGGAGGAUGGUUUGUAGGAACAAAGUAGCUCAGGGGAACGGGCUGGAUCCCCGUAGCGCUCCUGGUUUAGGAAUUUGGUGGGGGAGGGGGGUUCAAAGAGGGCUCCAGAGUUGUUCAAGGCAAGUAAAUGGGUUACAGGAGUUGAGAUUGAUUAGCUUGAAGACGACCAGAGUGGGAGGGGUAGAGGGUGAAUGGAAGGGGCUGAAUAAUGUGCCUUUCAGGCCUCACAGAGGCCCACCAUCUGUGUGCUCACUGCCUUGCCAUGCCCAACAUUUUUGUCCAGGUGAAACCUGCUUAUAAUAGUAAUUAUUGUCGCGUUUGGUGAGCUCUGUGUGCUGGGCACUGUUUCAAGUACUUAAUCCUCUCAAACCCAAGAAGUAGGUAUUAUUAUUCCCAUUUUACAGGUGGGGAAAAUGAGGCACAAAAAGAUUACAAAGCUAGGUCAGUAGCUGAGCUGGUUUUGAACCCUGGCAGUCUGGGUUGAGCCCACACUCUCACUCACUAAAUAAACUGCACCUAACAUGAUGGCAACAUUAGCCUUAAAGGUAGAAAAGCUGGUGCGGAUGGCAGAGAGGUGUGUACUAGGGCAGCCCGUGUCCUUUUGCCUUGGUGAGGGCGGGUAAGAAACUUAGGGUUGGCUGUGUGUAUAUGGAAUCUGACUUCUCUUGAGCCAAUAUUCCAAAUUUUUGAAUAUGACAAAAAAACAAGAAAAACAAAAUCCAAGUUCUCACAAAGAGCUGCAGCCUUCAUUUAUGCUCCCUAAGAACAUUCACUAUCAUCUGUUGUCACCAUCAUUUCACAAAAGCAAGUACAUUUUAAUUCUCCUCAAAAGAAAACAGACAUCAUCUGAAUCAAAAGCGGAUACUCCUGGGAGCUUCCCUGGUGGUGCAGUGGUUAAGAAUCUGCCUGCCAUUGCAGGGGACACGGGUUCGAGCCCUGGGCCGGGAAGAUCCCAUAUGCCGCGGAGCAACUAAGCCCGUGGGCAUGAUUACUGAGCCUGCGCUCUAGAGCCUGCGAGCCACAACUACUGAAGCCUGCGUGCCUAGAGCCUGUGCUCUGCAAUAAGAAGCAAUAAGAAGCCACCGCAAUGGGAAGCCCGCGCACCACAAUGAAGAGUAGCCCCCAGUCACCUCAACUAGAGAAGCCCGCACCCGCACAGCCAAAAAUAAGUUUAAAACAAAAACCAAAAGCAGUUACUCCCAAGAAAGGACAGUCCUUGACUUUCCACCAAUGAAUACACAUUCCUCUUUUUUUAAAAUCGUGCUGUGGACUAGCAGAAAUGUCACACUGGGGAUGCCUCUGCUUCUAAUGCAUCCAAAACAUUUGAAGGCAGAACCCAAAGGAAUGGGCUUAGGUGUAUAUAGCAGGAGGGAGUUAGGUUAGAGCCAAGAAAGAACUCUCCUUCUUUGGAGAUCUUUAAAGAGCAGGUGAGUACUGCAUUUGCUUAGAAUGUGAGGGUUGCAGGAUCAGCUACAUGGACUGGGGAGGCCAGUAGCUCUGGGUUCCACCUCAGAAAAGGACCAAUCCUCAGAUCUACCAGGGGAGCUGGAACCUAAAACAGUCCCUUCAGGCAGCCAUUUCCUGCCUGGAGUUCAUGGAGCUUGAUAGGUGGUCCCAUGGUAGUGGGGGGGGGGGGCUCCAGGGGCCUCUGUCACCCUUCACUACAGGGAGUCCGUGUAGUCACCCACUGUUGGGCUGCACCCUGCAGGCCUGUAAGCCUUAUAGUUGCCCAGCCUUAGACUGAAGAAAGAGCCCGGAACAGCAACAGAGACAUUCAUGGUGCCGAAUUCAUGCCAGCGAGGCGGUAUAAGAACAGCCCACAGGGUUAAUAUAAUGGUGCCUUUCUCCAGUGGGAGCCUGGAUUAAUUACCUUAGUAGUCUUAGGUGGAGCCGGGUAUAAACCAGGUGAAAUCUGUAAAUCCCUUUCCAAUCCUAUUCCCCAUGGGACAGCAAACGCAAACCACCAGAGACUUACCUGCCAGUCCCAGGACCAUUUGAGAGUGUGUUCCUCUGGGGUAGAUCCUGUAGCGAAGGUAGCGAAGGCAAGAGUGAGUUACUGUCCUGAGAGAUAGUUGGCAGCGGUCUUUCGGUGGUCAACAGUUGAAUUUGGAUUGUAUUGACUAGUUGCCUCUGGGUUAACAUGGCCCUGGGAUGAUUGCUCCUGGGGUGUUCAGCUACAGUUCAUAGAGCUUGAGUGAACCUCUGGUCCACCUGUUGAGAGAGCGGGUUUUCGUCUCAAUUGUUAAGUAAUCCUUUCAUCCUUUCCAUUAGCCCGGCAGCAGUGGGGUCGUAAGGCAGGUGGAAGUGCCAGUGUGUGUCAUUUUUAGCCGCCCAUUCCUAAACUUCAUGACUGGUACAGUGGAUUCCUUUGUCACUAUUGAUGUCCGUGGGGUCCUGUAUAUCACACACAGCUGUACUAGACCCCAGAUAGUGGUUUUUUGCAUUGCUAGAUGACUCGGGUGGGCCUUUUGUAAUGUCUUCCACCUGUUGUCAGCUGCAUAUCGCUGUUGUUCCAUCAUGCUGUAUAUCAUUGCUCUGCCCGCUUCCAUAGCAGGGGUCAGAAGCCCAAGGGUACUCUUAUUUUGUUGUAGCACAGGCCCCAACCAAACUUUUCCAGGUAACUGGCCAUGUCCAAUUCACAAGACUGUCCCUGAAUUAAUAUCCUCAAAAGCCUGUGUCUAAUUGUUUAGGGGUAAGAGGCUGGGGGUACGCUUGUCUUUUGUAGAUAAUCCAGGUCCUUGCGUUUGGUCUGUAUUCACCAGCCAUCCCCGUGCAGUCAGAUGAACCACCAGCAUAGGGCUGCUACUUUUAAACUGCAAAGAGGCUCUGAAGUUAACAGAGUAGAAGAGAAUCAAUAUAAUGGAAGAGAAAGACACCUCUCAUGGUAGUCAGCUGCCACAGGGCCCCACAGGCUAGUGGACGGCCACCUCAGGAUGACCCCUGCAACCUUCCAUUCCCUGUCCUUACUUCGCGACAUCUCGGUAGCUUCUUCGGCCUCCUGGCUGGCUCCCCAGUCGUUGGGCUGCACUGUGCGGUCCUGAAAGCCUUGUAGUUGCCCAGCCUCAAGAUUGAAGAGUCUGGAGACAGCAACAAAGACAUCAGUGGUUUAUUGGACAGGGGUGUCUUAAGCAAAAGGUUAAGACCCACCAAUCAUGGCAACACCCCACCGAUUAUGGCAGGCAGGCAGACCAUGGCAGCAAUCUUUGCUACUCGGGGAGAGGAGACUACUAUUUAUAGGGAGAAUUGACGUCAGGUUGACUUAUCAGUUACCAGGGAAACCAGCUGGGGCACAUCCGUCACAGCCCCUCAGAUUAAUGACUAUCACGAGGGCAGAUGUUUCCCUUUAAUAAAUUAGCAGGUAGAGCAGGGAUUAGAUCAGUCACUAGCUGGGGCGGGGGGCAAACAUGUUCACGUGAGUAGGGCACAGGUGGAACGGACUGGUCGAGCAGAGGAUGUACAAAGAGCAAGAGAACAGCCAUCUUGAAUGGCCUGACCAUACAUCCACCUUAGGACUGUGUAGAGUGCCAGGAAUGACCCUUGAGGGGGGCCGGGGAUGGGAGGGAAGAAAGGAAGAGAAUGGCCCCCUGGGAGUGUUGCCUGCAGCCUAGGGUGACACGGACGAAGGCUCUGAGUGGACAGACCUGGCUGGCUGCAGCAUCCUUGGGGAUGCCGUUUCCCUAUUUCCCCACCUCCUGCAAACCCAGGUGCAGUCCAGGGCCCAGAGCCAUCCAACAGGAGCUCAAGACCAGGCAGCUGAAGCCCUGUUCUGGUACAUCUCUGCUCAGUGCUGGCUCUAGGUCUGAGCCUGGCUUGGGUUCCUCCCUGUUCUGUACCGGAAGGUGAGACCAGAGGGUGUGGGGACACUGGGGGUGGGGGAAGGAGAAGAAGGGAAGGGUCUGGUCUCACCUGCCCCAUCCUGGUGGUGGAGGUGGUGGAGACUGAGGCCUCCAAAGUUGGGUUCUUAUCCUCCAAGGUGGUGGCAUUUUCUGACUCCAGAGGAGGCCUCAAAGCCCAUCCCACCCUGUGUGUAUGUUGUGGGGCAUAGGGUGUGAUACUCCCAGAUUUAGGCCUCCAUGGUUUAAUGGCACAGACCUACCCCAGGUUUAACCCUGGAGAUUUAGAAUGCUAAACCUGGAUCCCCUCAGGUUACAAAUACAGAAACUGAGGCCAAGGCAAGGGCAGUCCCCUUCUCCUCCAGAGUCACACUGGUUAAAUGGGCCUGGAGCCCCCGUAUCCAGAUUCUCUGACGUGUUCUCUCCUCAAGUCCUCAAACAAUGACAGAAGUCAUAACUUGAGCAUCUACUAAGUGCAGGACUCUGCUGGAUGUUGGAGACGCAGAGACAACUGCCCUCAGGAGCUUUUGGUCCACAGGUAAAUAUACACAGAGAGGAACAAGCAGAUGCUGGAAAAUGAUGGAUUGGCCUCGAGACUCUGCAGAACUUUGUAAGGUACUUGCCUCCUCUUCGUCCUGUGAUGGAAGUGGGGGGCCCUGCCUGCAGAAACGCCCCAAGGCUCAGAAGUGGAUCUGUGGUGAAGAGAUCAAAGAUGGGGGGACCAGGGAAGUGAGGGAACAGGGCUGCCAGUGGGCACACCCCAACGCCCCCCAAAAAACUUCUAAAGGCCCCCGUCCAUAAAUUGGGCCUCUGCUGCCAUCUAAUGGAAGAAAGGUAGCCUCUGGAGCUGCCUGCUGGGGCCCCACCAACCUGGCUCCCCUAAAAAAGAGGGAUGUGAAGGACCUUCCUGCCCACAGACCUUUUAUUCCUCUGGGGUCUUAAGCUUUGUUUCCUGCAGCCUCUGAAGCUCCCUGGCUGCCCCGUUUCCGACCACCACCCUCCAUCCCACUGUUUCCCCAGUUUCCUUUGUUGCCCAGGUUCUGAUUCUGGUGCCCUGGUUCCUGGCCCUGCUAGAGUUCUGGUUCCAGAAGGCCUUUGCUAGGUGCCUCGGGCAUGUGCUGCAUCCCCCAGUGCCGGGGGUAAAUGGACAUCUGGAAAGGUGUAGUGAGCCUGGCCACAGCCGCUGGGGCCAUCUGCCUGCUCUACAAGGCCAUCAGGGCGGGCAUAAAAUGUCAACCACCGCGCUGCUCUGCCUCACCCAUCUGCGUCGCCCGCCUGGCAGUUGAGCGAGAGCAGCACGGGCGGGACUCAGGUGAGCUCCGGAGGCUCCUCAACUCUUUGGAGUGCAAACAGGAUGAGUACGCCAAGAGCAUGAUCCUGCACAGUAUCACGCGCUGUGUGUACUUGCUGGAGUCCGAGGCCUCUGCAUGUACUAAUGAUGACAUCACGUUGGUGGGCUCCAUGCUGGAUGACAAGGACAACAGUGUCAAAAUCCAAGCUCUGAACACACUUAAAGCUUUCUCUGGCAUCAGAAAAUUCAGGCUGAAAAUCCAGGUGCAAGCCGCGCGAUUGCUGAGCAACCUGGCGCAGAAGAACGACCUUCUCUAUGAUAUUCUCAACUGCCAGGUACACUCCAACUUCCUGAACCUGUUCCAGUCCACACAGCCCGGGAGUCUGCUGCUUGAAGUACUGGUGUUUGCAGAGCGGCUGAGUGAGGGCCGGAGUUCACCCCACUACCGUGCUGUGAAGUGGCAUUACAAUGAACAGUCUGUGCACGAAGCUGUCUUUGGGGAUGACUCACGACUGGCAGACCGGCUGCUUGCCCUGGUCAUCCACCCCGAGGAGGAUGUUCAGAUCCAGGCCUGCAAAGUCAUAGUCAGCCUGCAGUGCCCCCAGGAUGUGGAAGUCUGGCCCUCCUGCCUGUCCAGUCAUUCCUGCUUUAAUAAUGCGGAAUAAAAUUAUGGAGAGCCAAUAAAUGAGUAUGGGAGAGAAGCUUGAGGGGCAGUGUCUGUCCAGGGCCUUCCAGGGUGGGUGUAGAUUUCAGCCAGCGUAACUUCCUGUCAAAGUGUGGGCCUGUCUCCCCAAACGCAUUCCCUGUUUAGAGGACAGACUCCCUUCUCUUGCUGCUUUUAUUUAUUUUGUUGAGUGAUAAUUUUUAUUGGAGCAUAGCUGAUUUAUAAUUUUGUGUUAGUUUCUGCUGUACAGCAAAGUGAAUCAGUUAUACAUAUACCUACUCUUUUUUAGAUUCUAUUUCCAUAUAGGUCAUUACAGAAUACUAUGCUAUACAGUGC